AUGGCCAGUCCUCGCACAAGGAGAGUUUUGAAGGAACUGCGACCGCUCAACGAGAAUAAUACCUGCUUCGAAUGUGGUGCUAAUAAUCCUCAAUGGGUAUCCGUCUCUUAUGGAAUUUGGAUUUGCCUCGACUGUUCUGGUCUUCACCGUGGUCUAGGUGUACAUCUGAGCUUCGUACGUUCUGUUACGAUGGACAAGUGGAAAGACUUAGAGUUGGCCAAAAUGCGAGUUGGCGGUAACCAGAAGUUCCGCCAAUUUCUUAUGAGUCAACCAGAUUAUCGCGAGGACUGGUCACUUCAUGACAAGUACAAUUCAAGAGCCGCAGCUUUAUAUAGAGAUAAGGUGUCAACUGAAGCAGAAGGGCGGGAAUGGUCGGCAGCUACAUCAUCAGCACGGAAUUAUGUCCCUUCUACGCUUAACGCAGGAAAUAGGUCAGGAGGUGACAUGUCACGUCACGCCUCAGGAACAAGUCUAGGAUCAUAUUACGGAGGAAAUAGCGCUGCAUAUUCUGACGGAGGUGGAUACAAUGCGGGCGGCCCUGCUCAAAGUGAUGAUCGUUACCGAGGAUUUGGCAACACAGUCGAUACUCCUAAUAAUCAAGACGACCUGUUGAGUGGUGCUAUGUCCUCUUUAUCGAUGGGUUGGAGUAUUAUUUCAAAAGGAGCUUCACAAGCAGCGGCUCUAGCGAAGGAUGUCAGCAUCCAAGCUACUCAAAAAGCAUCCGAGCUCUCAUCUCAAAAUAGUGGUCUCCUUUCUGGAGUUGCAAGUAAAGCCACGGAGAUAGGACAGAAGUCUUGGGGAGGUAUAUCUCAGUUCGUCAAGUCUCCAUCGUUACAAGGCCUUGGAAGCAUCAUCCCGAAAAAAGGCUACGAAGAUAUGGCGUCACCCACGUCACCCACUGAGCAAUCUUCAAGCACUUCUUUUAAUGGCAAAGCAAACUAUGAUAGUGGCGGGUGA